AUGAAGUGGGAAGAUGCUCGUAGGGAGUGUUUUAAUGAAGGUGCUGACCUGGCUGUUGUCUUGAAUGCUGCAGACCAGGCAUUUCUGACCAACAUGACUUUCCAGUUUACACAGCAGCAUCCAAAUGUACUGUUCCAUUCAGCAUGGAUCGGGUUGCAGGACAUGGUGCAGGAUAACAGAUUUGUGUGGGUAAAUGGUAUCAAGUCCAAGUCAGAUUUGAAGUUCUGGAUGCCUGGAGAGCCAAACAAUGCUGCGGCUCAAUGGGACAAAGACCGUGCAGGACAGGACUGUGUUGUCAUUGUCCCUCCAAAGACUGUUGGACAGAAAGGCUGGCUGAACUCCUGGGAUGAUGUUGUCUGUCGAGGCCAGCGGCACUACAUUUGUGAAACCAAAGCUCUUAUUUUGUCUGGAGUAAAAACUGAGGAAUGA